ACAAAAAGAAUACUUUUACUUCCCAAAUAUAUAUAUGAGCUUGGUUUAUUGAUGAAUUAGUACUAAAGCUAGAUUUUAAGCUUCUUUAAAUAUUUUGAGAGAGGAAGUGGGAUUUUCAAAAUGAAACGAUCAAACGUGAUGGUGCAGAUUGUGGUGGCAACAUGGAUACGCAGCUGGUCCAGUAGUAUUAGUAUUGCAUUUGGAUUGGGAAUUAGCUACAGCGAUGUGACUUUCGACACGGUAUAUACGAAUGAUAUCGUGGACCGUUACAAGAGUUUCAUUCAAUCUCUACGAGACAAAUUGAAGAGUAAAACCGAGAGCCAUGGCAUUCCAGUAUUGCCUGCUGAAUCCGACAAAAGAUUUGUGUAUGCGACACUUUACAAUAAACACGUCAACAUCACAUUUGCAAUAUAUGCUGUCAACGCAUAUGUGGUGGCCUAUCAAGUAGAUGCUGUAGAAAAGCGUUGCUACUUCUUUGAAGAAUUUCCUUCCGAUUCCAAAGCCGGCGUUUUCGAUCAAUGUCCUCAAAAGAAAGCUUUAAAUUUCCCAACUACGUAUGGCAGCUUAGGAGACAGAGAAAAAACCCCGUUGGGAUUCGAGCCAUUAUCCCAUUGCCUCUAUACGUUUAAUAAAUUUGAUGGCACAGGUGAUGAUACAGAUCUUCGUAAAGGUCUUCUAGUUGUCAUACAAAUGGUUUCAGAGGCUGCAAGAUUCAUAUAUAUUGAGCAAAAAAUGGUCAACAAAUUUAAACCAGAGGGUGAUAUUAUCAGCCAUGAGAAUAAAUGGGAGGAUCUUUCCAAACAAAUCCAGGAGAGUAAAAAUGGAGAGUUCAAUUGCAAAAAGCAGACUACACGAAAUACUUUGUGUAUAAUGUUGCAGAAGUGAAGAACCGCACGGGACUCUUGCUCAACAAGACAAAACCGUUGAAUAAUUUGCCAAAAGAUGAAUUAUGACGUCAAUCUGUCGAUGCCCUACACAAGAAUUAAUAUUAAAGUGGGUGUUUCUUUUUUUUAACAUCGUACGACUGUAUGAUAUUCGCAAUAAUGUUUUGCUUUUUAUCAUCUUUCUACUAUAAGAUGUUUGUAAUAAUGUUUCGCUUUUUAUCAUCUUUCUACUAUAUGAUAUUUGUAAUAAUAAUGUUUUAUUAUGAUGAGGAAUAA